GAAUAACUACGUCUGUAUAUUCUGCUGCUCGUUCCGCUGUCGAACAAUUAAAACAUGCCGCAAAUAAGAUUUCAAAAGAUGAUUUCGCGCGAGCUUUAGCAAAGGCUCGUUUUAAUGCUGCUGCUUCUUAUGAGACACGCGCUUCUAAAACAGAAAUUUUCGGUAACCAGAUUUUAUUUUCGGGAAAAGUCACUACUUUAACCGAAGUUCUUGCCCAAUUUGAUCGUUUCAAAGUCGAAGACAUUCAAAGCACUGCAGCAAAGAUUCUUAAGUGUAAACCUACUGCAGUUGCACUCGGCGAUGUCGGCACUUUGCCAUACUCUGAUAGCCUUUCUCUUUAA